UGUAGCUAUAAAAUCAGACUUGAACUUUUGCAACAUGAUGAUAGGACAGAUAUAGCAGUAUGAAGAUCUCUACCAACCCCCCACAACACCUCUCCAACUACGAGGUUCUGACUCACUUCCUAUCGCUCAAGGAAGACAAUGAUCAACUUCAGGCGGACAUAGCGAGCUAUACAGAGAGGGCGAAAGGCAAGGCGAGAGCAGCGAUCAAGUUGCAGUCAGAUAGGAAGGCACACAAGGUCAGGGAUCAGUCGGAAGAGCAGACAAAAGCAGAGGAAGUGGCAUCGAGGAGAGGCUCGAGCUCGGAUCUGAUCUGGGUUCAGGAUCAGGUGAUACGAUAUCUAUGCUCCGACUUCAAUGCGACUUCGCGACAGGACCCAGAUGGCGUGGCUAGACUCGCAAAGGAUGUUCAACGGCAUGGAUUGGUCAAAGCGGAAGUAUUACAGAUAUGUAAUUUGGCACCCACGAAACCUGUCGAGCUGUACUGUAUCAUUGAAGAGCCAGACUCGCGAUUCCAACCUAAUCCAUCGGAACGUCUGACUGAAAUAGCGUACGAUGUCAUGUCCACCCUGGCGGAUACUCCGCAUCCUGCCUUGGCACAGUAUUCGACUUACAGAACUUCAUAUGGUGAUGCCGGAGGUGAGCAGGAGGGUAUGGACGGAAUGGAAGAGGCGAUGGUCAGUCAGGAAUUCGUACAUGAAGCGGAGUGGGGAGCGGGACACGAGGAAGGGGUUGGCGAAGAGAAGGAAGACCAUAUGGAAUAAACCCCGCCACAAAUCAACGCAUAAACUCACAACCUGCACUAUAUAAUCAUCACAUGGAUACAGUAUA